UUCCUGUAUACAAAGAAAAAAAAAACAUAAAAUUUGGUUCUUUAAUGCUACCUUACAUCAAAACGUUUAAACUGUACUACUGUGAGGUUCCGGUCAGGUAAAAAGUGUAUGGCGGUUUUCAGGUUCAGGGUGCUAAACGCUAGCUAGAUGGGGCUGGAGAGGAAGUGGAGUUUGGCUUACGUUGAGAGGAAAGUGGGCAGAGCCGUUGAAGGAUAUCAGCUCAGGCAGAGGCAGAGAGGAGGACACACACAACAGAGGAGCAAGCCGUCGAGGACAGAGGAGAGGAAGGACGGAACGAUGCGGCCGAAAGAUCCACCAAAACGACGAAAAUCGCCUGAAAAUGCGACACUGGCCUGGGCAGAUGCCGGCGGAUAGACACGGCUUGGAAAAUGGGGAUUCCCUUGAUGUUUGAUAAAUUGCGUAAAAGAAGAAAGGACGUCAUGUGACCCAUGCAAAAUGGCUUGACAUGUAGCUGCCACGGAGUCAUGAAUUGAAGAAUUUGAGUGAUCCACAGAGCAAAGCGGAUUUGGGAGACCUGCACUGGUGUGAAGAUUUCCUGCACUUGAGGAGAAAGAAGACAACUCUACCCCAUUCAACUGGAUUUUGCUGAAGUGGAGACAGCGUUGUUUAACGUGAAGAUUGCAAGUGAUUUGGCAGUUAGCCAAAUUUUGACAAGAUGAAACUGUUUUCUGACUGGACUUUGACGUUUGGAUUUUUAUUUUUAUUUUUUACGUCAACAUGGACACUGGAACAUCGUUGCUGGCUGUAUAGCGGACUUGUUGAAAAAUGACAUUGUUAUUUUGGGGAAACAAAAUCCGUCUUUGUACAUUUGACAUUCAAAUGCUGUUUUUAAAUAAAGUGUAUGUCUUCGUAUUUUUCCUGCCUUUGUUUUAUUAGCUUACUAAAUUAGAAAAUCACAAGAGCACAUUUGCCGCUUAAAAUCAUUAGCUUGGCAGUUGUUUUUAAGCUAAUCCAUACUAUUAAUGAAAUUCGGUUUGCAGUGACUUUGUGUGACUUACCAAGGUUUGCCCACUUAAUUUAAAAGUUAGCUUAGUACUUAAGCUUUGUACUGUGUUGCUAAAUUUCCUGAAGUAAUGCUCUGUUUUGGGUGUUGCUAUACAGGGCAAGACAUCAGUCCCUUGGUGAGAUAAAGGGAAAAUGGUUGAUGAAAUGCACACUUGUGCAUUAUUAAAUCGUAGUUUAAUUUCACACACUAUACACACUAUAACACUCCUUGUUGUCAGACACAUUGAAAAUAGUUGAGGUUCUGGUCUGAACAGAAAUGGUUUCCAAAGGCUCUCUAAAAUGGCUCCUGGUUGUCCUUCUUCCUGUCUGAGCAGGAAGUGAUGCAAUUGGUGCAAAAGUAUUAAACACUUUUACAGCCUCAUAGUAUUCUAACAUUUUAUGAAGUGGGAAGAAAGGUUUCAACCUAAAGCUUGUGUGCAGGGGCUGAAAAUAUAUGUAAGUUUUUGCAAAAACAAAUUUUAAACAUAAUAAAAGGGGUGGGACUUAAACAUCACCUGAGUGUGGUGUAAAUGGAAAUAACGUCAAUCAAAGGCAAAGCUUUCAGAGCUAGGAAGGAGCUCUAGAUGGCGGCUGAGCCUUGGGAAGGGUGCCAUGGGCUUUCGUUUGACCGUUUCUCUUGCCUGUAUUUCGACCGAAACCGCUUGAUUUAGAUUACAAAUCAAGGCAUUCGAUUAUAUUAGCGAUGUUUAAACGGGAAUUUAAGCGUUUUGUGUAGUUUUUGUGCUGAUUUUUCGAACCGAGCGAGCCGUCUGUGCUGGGGAGUGCUUGUCGUUGUUUUCCAUACUGGGCUCAGGCAGCCAUGGCGCGCCUCCAUUUUUAGUGUGCUGCUCGCGUCUGUCGCUCUGAGUCUGACAGUAGAUGAAGACCUGUAAGGCCUACAAGCUUUUUGAAACAAGACUCUUUCUUGUAAUUUAUUGUUAAGUUAUUAUUUUUUUUACAGUAUUGUUGUUUUUAUUCGAGUCAGAUAAAAUGCUGUAAUAGAGCGAACGUGAAUCUAAAUUUCAUUUACAGGGUUACUACCUUUCUUCACGUUGAAUUGGUCUGUUUACAUUGUCUAGUGCCUAAUUUACUGAUUUUUCUCAUCCUUAAAUCUUCUUUUUUUAAUCCUUCAUCUGAUGACGCAGUUACAAUUAAUUGCAUGCGGCUAGAUCCGUGGACUAUAUUGAAAGACAUAAGUUGGACAUUUAACCUAAUGUAUUGGCACCUGUCAUUUUUUGAGUCUAUAUUUACAUUAGCGAUGUAUAAAAUUAUCCUCAAAUCUGUCGAUUUAAUGCCUUUUCCUUGACUCGUGUCGCACCGCCUGGAUUUUAACUGCCACCUGAGCAAAAGCAGUCUUGUGGGACUUCUAUCAUAGUUCAUGCUUCCUCCAACUUUUUGACAGUAAAUACCAGGACAAAAGAACACCAAAUCAAAGACUUUAAGGAUUCUACGAUGAUGAAGAAUAAAAGUAAAAAACAAGAGGAUGAAGGAUCGACUCAAAGCAAUGCAUCAAGAAACAGUGUGUUGCUUGGGUGUUCCUUGAGCAAUUCAGCUUCAGAAGAAUCCAACCGCUCUGCUUCGGAGUCGGGAAGUCAGUCAGAGAGCGAGCGUGGCAGUGAGAGGAGGAGAUCGCACAACUCCGAGUCAAACAGCUCCUCAGAGUCAGAGAGUCACUCAGAGUCAGAGAGCGAGUCUGCUGAGUCCAAAUCACAGCAAACCACAGCAGAAGUCAAAGACAAGCCAGUUAGAAAGAAGGAGCGUCUGGCAGAUGUCAAGAAGAUGUGGGACGAACAUCCAGAUGUGUAUGGGGUCAGGAGGUCAAAUCGCAGUAGGCAGGAGCCAGCUCGUUUAAACAUUGGAGCUGGGGGUAGCAGCGACUCUGAGAGUGAAAGUCCCAAGAGGAAAACAUCACGAGCAAAGAAAAAGGAACCUCAGACCAAAUCAACAGCCAAAAAGCAGCUCUCUCAAAAAGGAAGGAAAUCCAGGAAACAGGACUCCUCUGCCGAAGAAGAUGAAGACGAGGACGAUGAAGAUGAGGACGAUGAUGAUGAGGAAGACACUCCUAAGAGACAGACUCGAAGAAGGGGUGCAACAAAAGUCAAAAGUUAUAAAGAGGACCAACAUGACUUUGAAACCGACUCUGAUGACCUGAUUGAAAUGACAGGGGACGCAGGCGAGGAGCAGCAGGAUGAUGACAGUGAAACCAUUGAGAGGGUUGUGGACACCAGGACAGGCAAAAAAGGAGCCACUGGGGCUUCCACUACUGUGUAUGCCGUGGAGGAAAAUGGGGACCCGAGUGAAGGGUUUGACCCUGAGACUGAUGAAGGGGAGGUUCAGUAUCUGAUUAAGUGGAAGGGCUGGUCCUACAUCCACAACACGUGGGAGAGCAUGGACUCUCUGACGCAGCAAAAGGUCAAGGGACUAAAGAAACUGGACAACUAUAAAAAGAAGCAAGAAGAGCUAAAUUCAUGGUUGAGAAAGGCAUCCCCUGAGGAUGUAGAAUUUCACAACUGCCAACAAGAGCUCACUGCUGACUUGAGCAAGCAGUUUCAGUUUGUGGAGCGCGUUAUUGCAACAAGAACAGGAAAGACCCCAGGAUCCUCUGACUUUCCCACUCAUAGUCAUAAGACACCGUGCUCCAACGAGCCAGAGUACCUGUGCAAGUGGAUGGGCUUGCCCUAUUCAGAGUGCAGCUGGGAAGAUGGAGCCUUGGUUAGAAAGAAGUUUCAGCACUGCAUUGACAGCUUCAUGAGCCGAAACUCCAGUAAAACUGUCCCUUCUAAAGACUGCAAGGUGUUAAAGCAAAGACCAAGGUUUGUUGCUCUGAAGAAACAACCAUCAUAUAUUGGAGAUGAGAACCUUCAGCUGAGAGAUUACCAGCUGGAUGGGUUGAACUGGUUGGCUCAUUCCUGGUGCAGGUGCAACAGUGUUAUCCUAGCCGACGAGAUGGGGCUUGGAAAAACCAUCCAGACAAUCUCUUUCCUGUCUUGCCUGUUUCACCAGCAUCAGCUGUACGGACCCUUCCUCCUGGUGGUGCCUCUGUCCACGCUCACCUCCUGGCAGAGGGAGUUUGACACCUGGGCCCCGGACAUGAACGUGGUUGUCUACCUGGGUGAUGUUAUGAGCAGGAAAACGAUCCGUGACUAUGAGUGGGUGAACCAUCAAACCAAAAGAAUCCGUUUCAAUGCACUGUUAACCACUUACGAAAUUCUACUUAAAGACAAGGGGGUGCUUGGGAACAUCAACUGGGCCUUCCUGGGUGUGGAUGAGGCUCACAGGCUGAAGAAUGACGACUCCCUGCUGUAUAAAACAUUAAUGGAGUUCAGGUCCAACCACAGGCUCCUCAUUACUGGCACUCCACUGCAGAACUCCCUCAAAGAACUCUGGUCACUGCUGCACUUCCUCAUGCCUGACAAGUUUGAUUCCUGGGAGGAUUUUGAGGAUGAACAUGGGAAAGGAAGGGAUAAUGGUUAUCAGAGUCUUCACAAAGUCCUAGAGCCCUUCCUGCUGCGGCGUGUCAAGAAAGACGUGGAAAAAUCUCUCCCUGCCAAAGUGGAACAGAUCCUCCGAGUUGACAUGACUGCACAGCAGAAACAGUUUUACAAGUGGAUUUUAACAAGGAAUUACAAAGCCCUUGCCAAAGGCACCCGAGGCAGCUCUUCUGGCUUCUUGAACAUUGUUAUGGAGCUCAAAAAAUGCUGCAACCACAGUUUCCUUAUUAAACAGCCUGAAGAUGGAGAAACUGAAACGCAAGAGGAACAACUGCAGGGUGUAGUGAGGGGCAGUGGGAAGCUGGUGCUGCUGGACAAGCUGCUGACCAGGCUCAGAGAAAGAGGCAACCGAGUCCUGAUCUUCUCCCAGAUGGUCAGGAUGUUGGAUAUCCUGGCUGAGUACCUCACUAAAAGACGCUACCCAUUCCAGCGACUGGAUGGUUCCAUAAAGGGAGAAAUCCGAAAGCAGGCACUUGACCACUUCAAUGCAGAUGGCUCAGAGGACUUCUGCUUCCUGUUGUCCACCCGAGCAGGAGGUUUAGGAAUCAACUUGGCCUCAGCAGACACUGUAGUCAUCUUCGACUCUGAUUGGAACCCUCAAAACGACCUGCAGGCACAAGCCAGAGCUCACCGAAUCGGCCAGAAGAAACAGGUGAAUAUUUAUCGACUGGUCACCAAAGGAACAGUGGAGGAGGACAUCAUUGAGAGGGCAAAGAAGAAGAUGGUUUUGGACCAUCUCGUCAUUCAGAGAAUGGACACCACUGGUCGAACUGUAUUGGACAGCAACUCAAGAAACACUAAUUCAAACCCAUUCAAUAAAGAAGAACUAACUGCCAUCCUCAAGUUUGGUGCAGAGGAGCUUUUCAAAGAGGCAGAAGGAGAAGAAUCUGAACCGCAGGAGAUGGAUAUAGAUGAGAUCUUGAGGUUGGCUGAAACGAGAGAAAGUGACCUGGGUUCAAGUGCUACAGAUGAACUUCUAUCUCAGUUUAAGGUGGCCAAUUUCUCCAGCAUGGAAGAGAGUACUCCAGAGUUUGAUGGGAAGCCCGUGCGAGAAUGGGAUGACAUCAUCCCUGAAGAGCAGCGACGUAAAAUUGAGGAGGAGGAGAAGCAACGGGAGAUGGAGGACAUCUUCAUGCUGCCCAGAAGCAGGAGCUCUAACAAGAGGGCGCAGGCCAACGACAGUGACAGUGACGUGGGCUCCAAGCUGAAGCACCGCUCCUCAGGCUCUGAAAGCGAGACUGAUGACAGUGAUGACGACAAGAAGCCAAAGAAGAGAGGCAGACCGAGAGCCCGCAAAAACAACGUGGAGGGUUUCACUGAUACAGAGAUACGCAGAUUCAUUAAGGCAUACAAGAAAUUUGGAUCACCACUUGAAAGGCUGGAGGCCAUCGCCCGAGACUCUGAGCUGGUUGACAAAUCCAUAGCAGAUCUGAAGAGACUUGGUGAAUUGAUUCACACUAGUUGUGUGACUGCAGUGCAGGAGCACGAGGAACAGCUUAAAGAGAACCCAGUUGAAGCCAAAGGUCCUGGGAAACGGCGAGGAAUUAACAUCAAGAUCUCAGGAGUGCAGGUCAACGCCAAGUCAAUCAUCCAGCACGAGGAAGAGUUUGAGCCUCUGCACAAAGCAGUGCCUGCUAACCCUGCAGAGCGAAAUAAGUUCAAGCUGACAUGCAGGGUCAAGAUAGCCCACUUUGAUGUAGAGUGGGAUCUGCAGGAUGACGUUCAACUCUUGCUUGGUAUUUACGAACACGGCUUUGGCAACUGGGAUCUUAUCAAGACAGAUCCUGACCUGAAGCUUGCUGAUAAGAUUCUCCCAGACGAUCCAAGCAAGAAGCCUCAGGCCAAGCAGUUGCAGGCAAGAGCGGAGUAUCUCCUUAAGCUGCUGAAAAAAGAACAAGACAGCGCAGACCUGUCUAAAACGGGGGAGGAGGUCAAAGUGAAGAAAAGGAAGCCUCGGGUGAAAAAGGAGAACAAAAUUCUCAAGGAUGAGCAAGGCAAUGACAUCUCCUCCCCUCGCCUGUCGGACAACCCAUCGGAGGAGGGUGAGGUCAAGGAUGAUGGAGCUGAGAAAUCCCCUGCCAAGAAGAGACAAAAGAAAAAGGAUAACAAAGAGAACAAAGAAAAACAGGGAACUCCUAAAAAGGAGAAGGAAGGGGACAAAGACAAAAAGGGUACCAAGCCCAGAAAAGAAAAGGCUAAAGGAGCCAAAGGAAAGAAGACUCAAGGUCCAGUCCACAUCACCGCUGGGUCAGAGCCCGUCCCCAUUGAAGGAAAGGAGGACGAUGAGCUCGACCAGGAGACUUUCAGUAUUUGUAAGGAGCGCAUGAGGCCAGUGAAAAAGGCCCUGAAGCAGCUGGAUAAACCAGAUGAGGGUCUUUCUGACCAGGAGCAACUCCAGCACACUCGCACAUGCCUACUGAAGAUUGGAGACCGAAUCACAGAGUGCCUUAAAGCCUACAGUGACCCUGAGCAUGUCAAAAUAUGGCGAAGAAAUCUCUGGAUAUUUGUGUCCAAGUUUACAGAGUUUGGAGCAAGGAAGCUUCACAAGCUUUACAAAAUGGCACAGAAGAAGCGAUCACAUGAGGAAGAGAAGGAGCAGAAGAAGAAGGAGGAUCCUGCAGGGAGGGUCAAGCCUUUCAGACCAGAGCCAUCUGGUUCCAGUCGAGACUCCACGGGUACUCAGCCAUCGUCCAAAUCUGCAUCUCACUCGACUCAGCCAGGCUCCCACGGACACCACAGAGAACCGUACAACUCGGCAAAUAAGCGGCACUUUAGCAACGAUGACAGGGGAGACUGGCAGAGGGACCGUAAAUACAUGUAUGCAGGUAACAGCAACCAGUCAUGGCAGGGAGACCGGCAUCAUGCCUAUGACGCACAUCGUUACAAGGAUCACUAUGCUGAUCGACGUUCACAUGGAGACCCGUACCGCAGCUCAGGCAGUUACCAUAACAACAGCUCCCCUCGCAAAAGGUCGUAUGACCAGUACAGCAAUGACCGGGACCACAGGGGUCACAGACCCUAUUACGACAGGCACCCAGACCCCAAAAGAAGACGUGGUGAUGAAUUCCACUCCAGCUACCACCAGGGGAGAGAAGGCCCUCUUCAGGACUUCAGGAGGAUGCCAGAGCAUAGGCCAGCAGGUCCACCUGGGUCAGAUCACUAUAGCAGGCCCUUCCAUGCUGACAAACCACCUCCACUGCUGGACCCUCGCUCCCCACAGGCUCAGAAGUCUCCCCAGGACUCCCGCUCUCCGCUCGAGCGGCCCAUAGAGCAGAAUGCCAUGGCAGAUCCGAACUGGAACAAUAGGUAAACAUAAAGUACGCCAGUGCUGGCUAAGAAACCGAUCUGGGUGUUUUGUCCAGGGUCAAAGCCACAUGCUGCUGAUGGACAAUUCUGGACUUGCCAAUCAUAAGCUCGCAGUUGGAAAGGGAAUCAACCUGUACCCUCUUUACCAGCAAAACUGUUUUGCUCUUUUUCCCAAGUGACUGUGGCCGUGAACAAUUUGUGCCCUGAAGAAAUGAAGUUUGUUUCCUCCUGUCACCCUAACGGUGACAAAAAACUAAACAAACUUCUGUAUUUAAAUGAAUUGACUCGAUCAGUCAACCAUGACUAAGACUGAGUGGAACACUGAUGGAUGCUUAGUCCCAUGGACUAUUACCUAAGGAGAAUUUAGGAUACAUGAAUUGAUGACUGAUCUCAAUCCUAAAAGUGCCUGAAGGUUUUGGCCUUUUUGAACGAUAAAUGUAUGGGAUUAUUCCCAGAGAACGCAUGACAUGGACAUUAUGUUUUUGUGUUUAGCUUUAAAUCUUGCAAAUGAUGUCAUUUAGAAGAUUUCAGUGCAAAAGAAUGUGUAAUGUGUUUUCAUCUGCACCUUUCAAAAUGUUUAACUCGUAGCUGAGCUGAAUCAUGGAGUAUCACCAUGUGGGCUGAAUGGUACCGUGAUGGGGAAGGCCUAAGUCUUUUGAAAUUUGAAUGACCAAUGAAAUCAGGAUGUUUCCUCUAAGCACUCAACAACAACAACAACAAAAUAAGUUAGAAAAGGUUUUAGCAAACUCAUAUUUCUCACAUGUAUAAAUAAUCAUUCUUUCUAUAAUUGUGUAACUCUAUAAAUCAUUGCAAUCCUCUCGCUUUGUUCACUUUAACCACUUUCCUUUUAGUAGGCCCAAUGAAAAUGAAGCUUUCUAAGCAGUAUUUAUUGCAACAACUUGUGCAAAGUUCAUAACACUAUGACUUAAGAACUAUCCUUUAUUUUUGCCUUUCAGUAUUAUGCUGGUUAAGAAUGGUACUUCAAUGUAGUUUCAGUAAUUCACCCGUCUUUCCACCUACUGUAUGUAAGUACUCAAAUAUGUCUGAAAAUACUAUGUGAUUAGGAAAAUAUUUUCUGUUUUAAAUGUGUGGGUUGGCAGUGUAUCUGAUUCACAGACAUUGUGCUGGUAGGUUGUUCAAGGCUUAUCAUGAAGUUGCUGACAACAUUUCAUUGUGUUUAUUACCGUUGGUCACUCUCUUUCUGUGCCAAAUCUGGUCCUGCUCUUGCCAUCAGUUGUAUUGUUUUGUUUUUGUUUCCGUUUUAACGAUUCUCCAUUUGUGCCUUAUUUAUGUAUGUAUUAUCAUACUGUAUAUUGGUAUGUGGACAGAGCGGGGUCUAACACAGGCAAGAUGGGUAGUAUUAGUCACAUUUUAAGGAAAUUGCUCAUAAUUACUAAACAUUAAUUGGGUGAGAACAGGUGAAGGGACCAUGCAUUCUGGUAAUCAUCAUGUGGUUUCCAAAAGAAAACACUGAAAUACCGAAAUCACGUCUUUCAUCCAGGGCACUUACCCAACCUGUUGCAGUGAGCAGCCAGCACAUCUUUUCUUCCACUUAAGAAAGCUACAGUUCCUGUAUCAUAUGUUCUUUAAGAAAGUCUAAAUAAUUUAUAUUUGUGACAAAACCACUCUUGAAAGAAAUGUGCUGUACAUAUGUUUGGACAUAUGUAAUAAACUUUGUUACACAAUCA